GCUCCACCACCACCUCCUCCUCAACCAGAACCUCGAGCAAUCAAUCAUCACUCCCAAAGGAAGUAAAAAAGCUACCCUUCCUUCAUUCCCUCGACUUCUUCCUCUUUCUACGUUUAACGGAUCAUCGGGAUACCCCCCAUUGCAGUUUUUUUCUCUUGUUCAAGCAAGCAUGUUGAAGCCUUUCAUUCUUAGACAUUCAUCCCGCUCAUUACUCCGGCCUUUGAGUGCUAAGGCUGGUGGAUAUGCCCCCUCUACGUUCCUGCUUGUGCAGAGGAGGGGUCUUGCGUCGGAAGCUGAGGAACACGACGUUGUAGUUAUAGGUGGUGGGCCCGGCGGGUACGUUGCGGCUAUCAAAGCCGCUCAGGAAGGGUUGAAGACCGCUUGUGUUGAGAAGCGUGGCUCCCUUGGUGGGACUUGCUUGAAUGUUGGGUGUAUUCCCUCAAAGUCUUUGCUCAACAACUCGCAUAUAUACCACCAGAUUUUGCACGAUGUUAAGAAUCUCGGUGAUGUCAAGCUCAACCUAACACAGAUGAUGAAUGCGAAGGAACAAUCCGUCUCGGGUUUAACAAAGGGCAUCGAAUACUUAUUCAAGAAGAACGGCGUCGACUACGUUAAAGGAACUGGAACCAUCACCAGCGAACAUGAGAUCAAGGUUGGUCCGUUGGAUGGUGGGGGGCCUCAGACUCUUCGCGCUAAGAAUAUUAUCAUUGCGACCGGAUCUGAGGCGACUCCCUUCCCUGGACUUGAGAUUGAUGAGAAGAGGAUUGUUACCAGUACUGGUGCCAUCGCUUUGACUCAGGUACCGGAGAAGAUGGUUGUCAUUGGAGGUGGCAUCAUCGGACUUGAGAUGGGUUCCGUAUGGUCCAGGCUCGGUUCCGAUGUCACCGUUGUUGAGUAUCUUGGAGCUAUCGGUGGCCCCGGCAUGGACGCCGAGAUGGCCAAGACAAUGCAGAGAAUUCUCCAGAAGCAGGGAAUGAAGUUCAAGCUUAACACCAAGGUUAUGGGUGGCGAUGUUGGAUCUGACAACAUCAAGAUCAAUGUUGAAUCCGCCAAGGGUGGAAAGUCUGAAUCUAUUGAUGCUGACGUCGUCCUUGUCGCAAUUGGUCGCAGACCAUACACUACUGGCUUGGGUCUAGAGAAUGUGGGUAUCGAGGUUGACGAGAGAGGUCGCAUCGUUAUCGACCAGGAAUACCGCACCAAGAUCCCGCACAUCCGUGUGAUCGGCGAUGUCACCUUCGGUGCCAUGCUGGCUCACAAGGCUGAGGAGGAAGGAAUUGCUGCCGUUGAGUAUAUCAAGAAGGGCUAUGGUCAUGUCAACUACAGGGCUAUCCCGAGCGUCAUGUACACCCACCCGGAGGCCGCUUGGGUGGGCCAGACUGAGCAGGAAGUCAAGGCAACUGGCGAAGCGUACAACAUUGGCUCUUUUCCAUUCAGUGCCAAUUCUAGGGCAAAGACCAACUUGGAUACCGAGGGAAUGGUCAAGUUUAUCACGGAUAAGGAAACCGACAGGAUCCUGGGCAUCCACAUCAUCGGGCCGAACGCCGGUGAAAUGAUUGCUGAGGGAGUUUUGGCUAUGGAAUACGGCGCUUCGUCAGAAGAUAUUGGGCGUACAAGCCAUGCCCACCCCACCCUCUCAGAGGCCUUUAAGGAAGCCGCCAUGGCAGCUUUCUCAAAACCUAUUCACGCUUAGAAGUGAUGCAUGUCAGCUCAGCAUAGGGGUAAAUUCUUGGAGGAAAUAAACGAGGCAAGGGUUUAGCAUUAGACGAACUGGUAGCAAAAGUUUACCUUACCAGUGUAGCAAAGAGAAUUACUUGUGAUCUGUAACACAUUCUCUUUUCUUUUUAUUUCUUUUCUUUUUUCUUAAAAACCUGUUCCUGGUGCGGAGCCGAGCAUUUGUUAUUGCUGUAAAUUUUUAUUUUUAUUUUUUAUUUCUUCUACCGGUACUUGUACUUCUCCGAUUCUCCAUAUCGCGUCCACGCACCUCCUUUGCAGUAUCUCUUCAAGCCUGGUGGCGCAAAAAAUUCCGUGUCGCCCGUACCGGUAAAUUGGGGUUUCGUCUUUUUGAUGAUUGAAAAUAGUGUUGCGGUUUUUCUUUCUUUUCUUUUUUCUCUUUUCAUUCUCGUCAGUGUGGUUUCAUCAGUGCUGCUGGGAUGAGUAAAGGGUAUGGUACUAGUACCGUACUUGUAGGGAUGAUGAUGGUGAUAAGGUACUUGUACUUGUACUGUACUCGUACUACCGGUAGUACAGGUGGGGGUAUCGUACUGUGCUUGGGCAUCGCAAGGGUACUCGAGUAGAGCGGGGGAAAGGGAAAUCGAUUGAUUGGAGGAGGGUGGGAAAGGAAAGUUUAGUACCUACUUGUAAGUACUCGGGUAUGGAUGUACUGUACCGGUACUGUAAGUGAUGGGACGGACGGGGGUUUUUGAGUCUGGGCGUAGUUACCUCCAGAGGGAAAAAUUGAUUUAAUUUGGUGGGUG